AUGGCGUACGUGGACCACGCCUUCUCCAUCUCCGACGAGGACGACCUCGUCGGCGGCGCCAUCGGGGGCCGGCGCGGGGCGCCCGUCAAGGAGAUCGCCUUCGCCGCCGCGCUGCUCGCCUUCGGGGCACUCGGCGCCAUCGGUGGCCUGCUAAUGGCCGUCAACCGCGUCGGAGGUGACCGCGCGCACGGAAUUUUCUUCAUGAUGUUGGGCAUUGUAAUGUUCAUCCCUGGGUUCUACUACACAAGAAUCGCCUACUAUGCUUACAAAGGUUACAAGGGGUUCUCGUUUUCGAACAUCCCACCAAUCUGA